AUGUAUCGCCGAACUGGCAUCAAGAAGCCCUAUCUCGUCAUUCUGCUCUUCCUCGCCAUGGAUGUGCGAGGCAGAGGAGAACGUCAGAUCGUUGACAAUAUGGAGCACAAGAACGCUUCGCACGUGAACCUUCGGAAGAAGAGAUGUCAGCACCCGGAAGGAUGUUCGAGGCCCUCGGUGUUCGGGACGUCGAUCCCGUUGUUCUGCGGGGAGCACAAGGGGAGAGGAGACAUCGCUCUGAGGUCCCAUGCUGCCCCGUCCCCCCUUGGUUGCCUGACUCCGGCCUCUUUUGGCAAUGUUGAGGACGGAAUCGUCAUGUACUGCCUACGGCACAAGGGAGAAAAUCACACGUACCUUAGGAGUGUCCGAUGCAAGUACCCCGAGGGAUGCACUAGAUGGGCGACCUUCGGCAAUCAGAACGCAAGUGGGGCCCCGCUCUUUUGCCUGGAGCAUCGGGAUGUUGGGCAGGUGAGAGUGACAGGAAGGAACGAGAGCGCGCGAUCGCAGCGGGAGCUGUGCGAGUUCUGUCUCCGCAAGAUCUCGAGGAGGAACAUGGCGAAGCACUUGAAGGGGAACUUCUGCAAAGUGAAGGGCCUGGUGGCGAUGCAGAUGGCGAGAAACCGAUUCGGUCGAGAUGUGACGGAAGCACUCAAGGGGAGGUCAGUCGGCAGACAUCCGUCGCUGCAAUCAGCUCCCGCACCUCCGGCUGAGAUCUUCAUCAAUAGCGGGGAGGAGAAUCGGACUGUAGCCCUCUUAGGAAACUUCACCUCCUGCUGCCUCAAGUGCCAGCAGAACAAGAAAGGUAUGCGGUACUGCAGAUUCGUCAAGAAGCACCUGGAGCCAGGAGGGAAUGUGGUAUCGCUGGAGAAGCGAAAGACUAGUCAGUACCUCGGGGUAGGAUGGAACGAGCAGAAGCGCAAAUGGAGAGUGCGAAUGACCACGGACGGCAAGACGCUUCAUGUUGGAUUCUACGACAACGAACUUGAAGCUGCACAAGCGUAUGACCACUUUGCAAUGUCUCGCAAUGUUUCUACCAAGUUAAAUUUUCAAGACUCGAAACGUGUAAAUUAG